GGUGUCCGCCAAGCUGCCAAGCUGCCCAGAUUUCCAGGAGACAGCCGCCCAUGCCUCCAGUGCCGCGAGCAUUAUGUACCCCUGAUGCGCCAAGCCGGCUCCACUGCAAACAAGCUCACACCAAGCAAAGCGGGACCCGCUCGAGCCCGCUGGGCCGAGAAGGUGUCGUCGAUCAACCAAGCUUCUUGCUGC